CCAGCCGAGUGUUUCUCACUAGUUUGCCCGCUAGCUCCUCCGCCUCUCGCCGACUCGACGGUUCUUCGGCUCCAACGUCCACUCCCCCGUUCUCCGCGAGCAGUAGCAAAAUGGAGGCAGCGUACUCCUAGCAGCAGCCAAACCCGCUGUGCCCCCCCCCCCCUAAGCCGAACCCAGUGAUCGCCGGCCUUCGACAGCCAAAGUGCAACACAGCAGCAGCAGCAGCAGUAGUCGUACGAGCCAAAAGGGUGUCGAGUGUGGCUUCGUUUUUGGAUCGCGUCGUUAAACCAAACCGGCCCAGUUAUGUUUCCCAUAGGGUACAGCAAGCAGUUCCUCAGCUACCGCAUACUCAAGUCCAACCGAUUCAAGUACAUCUGACGAUACGGACUCGGACCAAGUGUUGUUGUUUUUUAACGUAGUGCAAUUACGGCCCGCGGACCCCGUAUUAUCGCUCGGUCCCCGCCGCGGAGAGACCUGGAACGUCUCUCCCGCUAAACACGAGUCGUCGCCCGUCGAGAGGAACAUCUGCGUGUAUACGACAAUAAUAACAAUAAUAACAAUAAUAAUAAUAAAUAAUAAUAAAUAAUAAUAAUAAAAAAAAGUAGAAAAUACGAAUAGUAGUGAGAUAUAGAGGGAGUUUUUGGGGGUGAAAAGUCGUCUCACGAUGAUCAUCAACUUUCCCGGCAGAAUGCCCAUCAGGCAGCAGCCGGCGUACCAACAUCGGCAGAUCGGUACCGGCUACUACUACGAUAGUCAGCCGGGCCGCAACAGCAGCAACGACACCUGUUACUAUUAUUAUUGCGGGCGCGGGCUGCUGGUACAGCCCGAGUACGGGUGCUCGCCGUCACCGUCGCCCCCGAGCCCGGGGGGCCCGAGUUACCAGCUACGCCAAAGUCACCGGGCCGUCGCCGUCACCAGCCCCAACACGCUGUUCUCGGGCUGGCCUCGCACGAUGCCCCAGGACGAGGAGAUGCUAUUGACCACGACAACCUCGGCCCAGCACCACCUGGGCUGCGCCACGGGCCCAGGCGCGGUCGUCGUGGUGAACAACGGGCCGCCCAGUCCCGCCCACAGCGACUCCGACGCCUCGAGUUCCAGUCUUGAGCUCGGCUCCGUCAGGAGGGGAGAGCACGCGCAGCUCAGAUGCAGAUGGCAAAACUGCGGCAGGUGGUUCACGUCGCUGGACCAACUGGCGCGCCACGUCAAGCAGCUCCACGCCGCAUCCGGUCCCCGUGGACUUUUCUACUGCGGCUGGGAAGGAUGCCAGAGGGGCGAGCGUGGAUUCAAUGCGAGGUACAAAAUGUUGGUUCACGUGCGGACCCACACGAACGAGAAGCCGCACCACUGCUUCCAGUGCGACAAGAGCUUCAGCCGAGCCGAAAACCUAAAGAUCCACGCGCGCUCGCAUACGGGCGAGCGGCCCUACGUGUGUCCAGUCGAGGGCUGCAACAAAGCUUACUCCAACUCCUCGGACCGCUUCAAGCACACGCGCACCCACGCCGUCGACAAGCCCUACUGUUGCAAGAUCCCCGGCUGUCCGAAGCGCUACACCGACCCCUCCUCCCUGCGCAAGCACGUCAAGACCUACCGCCACUACGUCGGCGCUACCGGCACCACCAACAACAACAACAACCACGACGGUAAGCUGCUGCUGCUCGAGAAGAGCAUCGUCCAGCCAACUGCCCGCCAAGAGGACGCGCAACUCAUUGCCCCUGCCAAGAUCUCGCCGCGCGACGUCAGUCCCGAAAAGAGCACCGCGAGCAGCUCCAGGUCGGACUCCUCCGACAAGAAGGACUCUAGUCUCGAGAGUAACGUCACCAGCAACAACACCUCCGUCGUUUCGUCCGUCAGCACCGAAAGUCCAAAGGCAGCGUCGUCGACGAGUUUCGACGAUCAGCAAAAGUUCACCGAGUGGAACAACGUGUACAGCAAUCUGCCGGAGCGCAAGGACCAGCACGAGACCGUUCACCAGCCCACGGCGUCGCCCACGUCUUCGCUCUCGCUCUCGUCCUCCAAGAGCAGCUACGAGCACGAGCUUCAGACCACCGGCCGGUACAGUCACUCGGCCCUCUACGAGGAGUACAUGCACCCCGACCGGCACCUCUCGGCCUUCCGGCCGUCCAGUUAUCCGGCGAUCGACGCAAGGCACUGUCCACCGGCCUCGCCCCCCGAUCACCUGCUCGCGGCGACCCCGCGCAUCGGCAUGCAAUCGACGCCGAUCAAGAGCGAGGACAAAGCCGCCAGCGGCGUCGACUAUCGCAACAUCGAGUCCAUCGUCAACAGUAGCACCAGCAGCAACAGCAUCAGCAGUAGCAACAACAGCGCCAACACGCCCAUCAAAAAGGAGCCCCUGACGACGAGCUACCGCACCACCAGUUCCGUCAGCUCGGUAGCCAGCGAUCUCUGCGUCCGCAACUCUGUGAUAAAGCGUGCCGAUCCGCAGCUGCACUCCCCCGUGUCCUCGGGGGAGGCACCGGUGACCGUCCCCGCCCAGCAAUCGCGUCACUCUCCUGGAAGCGCGACGAGCGAAGCCGAGUGCUGUUGCAGGCACAAGUGCUGCCGGCACGGCGCCGACGACACUCUCAUCGAGAAGAGCAAGAUUCUCUCGGAUUUUAUUCUCAAGUCGCAGAACCCGCUCUUCCGACACCUCUUGGCCUCGGUCGACCUGCAGUACGGUCUGCAAAACAUGUGGAGCGGUGCCGGUCACUCGUCCCCGAGCUCCGUCGCCCACGAGCCGGUCCUGGGUCCAACGGCAGCGGCCGUAACCACCUGCGCCCAGGAUCUCAGAGCCAAGUCCGCCGAGGGCACGCCGAUGGAGAUCGACCAGGACCUGCCGCUCGACCUGACGAUCAACAAAUGACGCACGACCGCGCUGGCUCUCGUGCCAUUGUCAACCGUCGUCGCUGCGCCAACGUAACGUUUUCCCAUGGUGUAGUCAUGUAUUUCUCUGAUCGGUUGGGCGGCGACUCUCUCGCUUCUCUUCAUUUUGCUUUCCCUUCCUCUCCCCUUCGGGUGUAUACUCUUCAGCUCUUCCGCGUUGUUAUGUAUAAUGUUGUUGUUACUGUUGUUGAUAUAUGUACUGCGCCGGGCGUCGAGGUGGUCCGGUUGGCUGGAGUGAGGGCUCGUCGCGACCGAUCAGACUGUACAAAAGCCAAAUAUUAUAAUCUAGUGGGUUCUGGCGCGCGGUACACGUUGCAGACGCCGAGGCAUUGGUGCUCGGUUGCACCGGGUAUACGCGUCGUCGCUCGAUUGACGCACCGUCUUAUUAAUUAUUUUUGUCAUUAUCAUUAU